CGGCGCCGAUAUUUGACAAUCAAGGCCGCUGUAAGUGUCAAUAAAAUAGUUUAUUUCUUGAAAAAAUGUAUGUUUAUUUCUAAAAGAUAGAAUAAUGUAUUUUAAGUUGUUUGGUUCACGUUUUAAGAUUUGUGUUAAAUGAUUGUAUUUUAUUUCGUGUCAAAUUAUUUUUGUCAAAAGUUAUCGCGAGAUUUGUGUACAUGUGUGAGGCUGCGAGACUUAAAUAACCAUAGAAGAAGCAGAAGCCUGGAACAGAGCUACGUGUAGCAGCCUAGUGUCCUGUAGUCAUCAAGGUAUUUUGUAGUUAUGUUUGUAAUGUUUUGUGAAUUUAUUGUUUAUGGUGUUUUAAUUACUUAAUAUUUUGGUUUAGAGUGAACAACGACGAAUCAUUCUGUUAAAGACCUCCGAAGUGGCAGGCGGCCACGAGUUUUCACGGCAUUUAAUAAAGAGCCCGUCUUAAGAAAGCCGUGCCAGAGUUGUCACUUUGGAGCUUCAGUGAAAACUCGCCCAGCCAGCGCCGGUAAGAAGCUCGUUAAGAAGACGGCAGCUGCAGUGAGUGACGGUACCGUGGUGUAACACAAGAGGGCGCCAUUUGAAAAGCUCACCGUUCACAAGAAGUCAAGCACAGCAGCAACAACCUUGUACAACUGAAGUAAGGUGGAAAUUAAGAAAGGACAGUGUUAAGAGUAAAAUAAGAGUGGUUUAAGUGAAGUUUAAAGCCACAAUAAGUUUCUAUAACAUUUGUCAAAAGGUUACUUAUUUUCUACUGAACUUCGAAGUGAUGUGUUGUUGUUAAGAAAAGAGUGUUGUGUAUUAAGAGUGAAGCUCAUUACAGGUACAGUAAUAUAAAAAGUAAUAUUCAAGUCACAUAAGUUAGAAUUUGUAAGGAGUGUUUUGCAAUUUAAAUAGAGCAUUGAGUGACAUUUAACCAGACUUAUAAGAUGACUGACAAAGAUCAUAAAGAGCUCUAUGCUGUAUCAUGUACUGAAGUGGAGGAAAAUGAUACUGAGCAAAUCUCAGAACCACAGACUGUUCGAAGAAGUGAAAGAGUUAGAACAUUAACUGAAAAAGGUAAAGAACUUCAAGAGGAGAAACUUAAAACGCUUCAACACAGAUAUGCAGUUGGUUUUGAAAAAUGGAGAUAUGAAGCAAGACUGAGCAAAGUAAAACUAAGAAAAGAAGCUUCAGACAGUGAAUUAAAGGAGCUGAUUAACAAUGUAAACAUCACCUGCAGAGAUAUGCAAACCAUUUAUGAAGAAAUACGACAAAUGCAAACUCCUGAUGCAGAUGCAAGGCGCAAAGUAGAUGCAUGUACAUCACUUUCUGCAUUUAUUGUCAGAAGAGCUGAGAAACAACUGCAAGGACACUUUGCAGAAGGCGACGAAGAGCCAUGGCCAGAUUUUGGGUCAUGCUUAGGAUCUGAAAGUACGACAUCAAGGUCAAAAUCCAGAAGGUCUAAAAGUAGCUCAGAAAGCUCACAAACAACCAAGAGACUGGAAGCAGAGGCUGAGGCAGCUGCAUCACAAGAAAUAUUAGCAGUUAUGGAAGAGCAAGAAAAGGAAACAAUUGAGUUACAAAAACUGGAACGUGAGAAUUUGGAAAGGCAGCAAGCAAUGGAAGAGCAGCGAAGAAAGAUUAAACGCUUGGAAGAAGUUAAAAAAUUUAAUGCUGCAAAAGCACGAGCAAAGGUUUAUGAUGAAGUUGAAAGUAUUUCUGCAAGUCAGAGUUCAUCACAGAGCAUUAAAGCAGAAAGUGAAAUCCAAGCAAUCCCUGUCAGAGCACACAGUUCUUCUCCAGCUCUAAAUGCUACUCAGUUCCAUAAUGCUACAAUUGUUGGAUCUGUGCCACAUAUUCCUACAGUAAUAAACCAAACUCAACAAAGUCCUGGUGAACAACCUAAGGCCACCAUAAGCCAAACACUUAAAGCAUCAAGUCCACCAUUCACCCCUCAAGCCACACAGGUUCCCUCUGUUGCAGCUCAACAACAGUCAAAUUACGAGCUAGUUGGAAUACUAGCAGAAGCAAUAAGUGCUAAUCGUCUUCCAACUCCUGAACCGACAUUGUUCACUGGUGAUCCUUUAAAGUUCAAAGAUUGGCAGUUGUCAUUUGAAACCCUGAUAGAAAGGAAAAACAUUCCAAAGAAUGAGAGACUCUAUUAUCUCAGAAAGUAUCUUGGUGGACCCGCGAAGAGAGCAGUGGAAGGUUUUCUUCUAGUGGGGACAGAUGAAGCAUAUGACUCAGCUUGGAAAGUGCUGGAAAAACGUUUUGGAGAUCUAUUCACCAUAGGAAAAUGCUUCAGAGAUAAGCUUCACAGUUGGCCUAAAAUAAACCCUAAGGAUGGAAGUGAGUUGAGAGAAUUUGCUGACUUCCUGAAGAAUUGUGAAGCUGCAAUGUUGCACAUAAGGUCAUUGGAGGUUCUCAAUGAUUGUAUGGAAAUCCAGAAACUCUUGCUAAAACUUCCAGAUUGGUUGACCACAAGAUGGAACCGGACAGCCAUGAAAAUAAGAAGAGCUAGUGAUGGAGAAUAUCCAUCUUUUCAUGUGUUUGCUGAUUUUGUAUCCACUGAAGCAGACUUAGCAUGUGAUCCCAUAGCAUCAAUGCAAGCUCUUAAAGGUUUGGAAAUAAGUAAACCCAAACAAUUACGCAACCAAGUCAUCCAAGCAAAAACACUAACAACAAACUCAAAUCACACAAAUACUGUAACCUGUCUUUUCUGCAAAAGAAAUGGUCACCCACUUGAUAAAUGUUUCAAAUUUAAAGAAACCCCACUCCAAGACCGUAUCAAGUUUGCACAAGCGGAAAGGCUGUGUUUUGGAUGUUUAAAGAGAGGACAUCAUUCCAAGAAGUGUGACAAAAGGAGCACAUGUGAAAAAUGUCAAAAGAGACAUCCAACAUGUCUGCACGAUGACACAUUCAUUGAGCGUAAAAAGGUAAUACCUGCAGUGACUGAAAAGUCUCAAGACAAGGACGAAGCUGACGCUAAAGAAGGAGACAAACCAACGGUUGCGAUCUCUAACAGAGUAACUCAAGCAACUUCAAGCACAUUGACAUCCUCUAUACUACCUGUAUGGGUUUCAUCAAAGAAUGACCCAGACAGAGAGGUUUUAGUUUAUGCACUCCUUGAUUCACAGAGUGAUACAUCCUUCAUCUUGGAUGAAGUGGCCCAAGAUUUUGACACAAAUAAAAGUAAAGUUAAUCUGCGCUUGUCAACUAUGUCUACCAAGUCAACAGUUAUACCAUGUGACAAGCUGGUAAACCUUCAAGUUAGAGGAUAUAAGGAUGAAAAGAAAAUUACAUUGCCACCGGUCUAUACAAGAGAGUUUAUCCCUGUCAACAGAUCACAUAUCCCAACGUCUGAAACUGCCUUAAAGUGGCCUCAUCUGGAAAAGCUGGCAGAUAAGUUACCUCCACUGCUUGAAUGCAAAGUUGGUCUACUUAUCGGCUAUAACUGUCAACAAGCUCUCCUACCACGUGAAGUUCUUGCAGGCAAAGAGAACCAACCUUACGCACAGUUAACUGAUCUCGGCUGGAGCAUAGUUGGUUGUUCGUCUCAAGUUCAAAAUCACAAUGAUAUCAUCGGUACAAGUCACAGAAUCAUUGUUCGUGAAGUAUUUCCUGUUUCACAACCAGCAGUUGAAUUCAAGCAACAAGUGCAUUUUGUAUGCAGAACUCAAAUAAAGGAAGUCAGUCCAACUGAUGUGAUUAAGGCUUUGGAAUCCGAUUUCUCUGAACAUGCAACAGAUGACAAUCCAGUUUCACAGGAAGACAUUUUGUUCAUGUCAAAGGUGACCAAAGGCAUAAAACAGAAGAAAGAUGGUCAUUACGAACUUCCGUUACCAUUCAAAACAGACAAUCCGAAUCUCCCAAAUAACAAGCAAAGUGCUGAACACAGAUUGUCUUCAUUGGAACGUCGACUCAAAAGGGAUGAGAAAUACUAUAAAGAUUAUGUCAAGUUCAUGAAUGAUAUUAUAACUCGCGGAGAUGCAGAAAAGGUGCCAGAACAAGAGCUGGACAACAAGACAGCAUGGUACAUCCCGCACCAUGGGGUUUACCACCCCCACAAACCUGAGAAAAUACGUGUGGUUUUUGAUUGUUCUGCACGCUUCCAGGGAACAUCUCUAAACGAUCAUCUUUUGACUGGACCGGAUCUCACCAACACACUGGUCGGAGUGUUAUGCCGAUUUAGAAAGGGCCCCAUCGCCAUUAUGUGUGAUGUGGAAAGAAUGUUCCACCAAUUCCACGUCAUUAAGGAACAUCAAGAUUAUUUAAGAUUUCUUUGGUGGGACAAAGGUGAUUUGAACUCCGAACCUUCAGUUUACAGGAUGAAAGUACAUCUUUUUGGAGCAGCCUCAUCUCCUGGAUGUUGUAAUUUUGGACUCAAACACAUUGCAUCGCAAGGUAAAAACAAGUUCAGCAAAGAGACUGUUGAGUUCAUCCAAAGAGGUUUUUACGUCGACGAUGGACUUGCUAGUGUAACAUCAACAGCCAAAGCUAUACAGCUGGUCAAAGAGUCAAGGGAACUUUGCAAAACAGGCAAACUACAUCUGCAUAAGUUUGUAUCAAACAAUAAAGAAGUGCUUGCAACAAUUCCCCAAGAAGAACAAGCUCAGUCCAAAGAUCAGAACAUGGCUUUUGGAGAACUCCACAUUGAACGUGCACUUGGAGUACAAUGGUGCGUAGAAGCAGACGAAUUCCAGUUCAGAGUUCAAGUUAAAGAGCACCCAUUGACCAGAAGAGGGGUACUCUCGACUGUCGCUUCCAUCUAUGACCCUCUUGGGUUCGUCGCCCCAUUCACAUUGAUUGGAAAGCAAAUACUCCAAACAUUAUGUAAAAACAAGGUUAACUGGGAUGAUGAUCUUCCAGACCACAUUCUACCACGAUGGGAAGCAUGGUUGAGAGACCUGCCUAAGCUGGCAGCUCUGAAGAUCUCACGAAGCUACUCACAAGACAUCAACAUCAUACAGUAUGAAUUGCAUAACUUCUCGGAUGCGAGCCUCGACGGUUAUGGCGCAUGUUCAUACCUUAGAGCAAUAAGCAAGGAAGGACAGAUAAGCUGUUCACUCAUCAUGGGAAAAGCAAGAGUUACACCCAUCAAACAAAUGACCAUUCCAAGACUUGAACUGUCGUCGGCUGUAACUUCAGUCCGCAACGCGGAUGUAAUCAAACAAGAACUGGAAAUUGAAAAUCUACUAGAAUAUUAUUGGACAGAUUCACAAGUCGUACUGGCAUAUAUAAGCAAUGACGCUAAAAGAUUUCACACAUUCGUUGCCAAUCGGAUUCAACGAAUAAGACACAGUACGAGUCCUGACAAAUGGCAGCAUGUCUGCUCAGAAGAAAAUCCGGCUGAUCAGGCCUCAAGGGGUCUAACCGCUGCACAACUGAAAGAAUCAAACUGGUUGAAGGGUCCAGAUUUCCUUUGGAGAAAGGAUCUUCCAAUCAAAAGGGAAAUGGUGGGAGAAGUUGAAGAGACAGAUCCUGAACUUCGUGCAGGUCAUGCACACACCGUGCAGUCAAAAGAAGUGAACCCUGUUCUAGAGCGUCUAAAGAAGUUCUCUGAUUGGUCGAGAGCUGUAAAGGCUAUUGCCAGACUCAAACGAUGCAUAAAAGAGUUUAAAGGUGUUCAAGAAAGAACAAACAAAGCAACAGAUCUUGAAGAAAGAAGAGACACAGAAGUGUUCAUUAUCAAGCUAGUGCAAAGAGAAGCUUUCACUGAGGAAAUACAGAAAAUCAGAUCACAGAAGGAAAAUUCUCUGCACAAGCAUAACAGACUAAAGCAGCUAAAUGCUUUCUUGGACAAAUCCGAUGUUCUCAGGGUGGGAGGAAGAUUGUCUCAAUCAGCCUUGCAUCAUCAUGUCAAACAUCCCGCAAUUCUUCCCAAGGAGUCCCAUGUAUCAGCCCUCAUCGUCAAACACUAUCAUGAACGUGUACAUCACCAAGGAAGAGGCAUGACCAUAAAUGAAUUGCGUGCAAAUGGCAUAUGGAUUCUAGGAUGUGGAAGUAUGGUCUCUUCACACAUUUACCACUGUGUUAAAUGUAGAAGAUAUAGAAAGGCCACAAAUGUCCAACAGAUGGCAGAGUUACCAGAAGUAAGAACAAAAACAGCACCUCCUUUUACAUAUUGUGGUGUCGACUGUUUUGGCCCAUUCAUGGUAAAGGAAGGAAGAAAGGAAGUCAAAAGAUAUGGAUUAUUGUUCACCUGCUUAUGUUCACGAGCUGUGCAUAUUGAAACACUUGAUGACUUAUCAACUGAUGCUUUCAUGAGCGCUCUUCGGGUUCUGAUCGCCAUAAGAGGUCCUGUUCGACAAUUAAGAUGUGACCAAGGGACGAAUUUUGUGGGAGCCAGAAGAGAGUUUUUGGAGCUAAUGAAGGAUAUGGACCAAGAACCACAAAAAGCUAUUGGUUGCGAGUUUGUGAUGAACGUUCCAUCAGCUAGCCACAUGGGAGGCAUCUGGGAACGCCAAAUUCGGACAGUACGAAGCGUACUAACAGCAAUGUUAGAUAAAUUCUCAAACAGACUUGAUACAACUAGUCUAAGAACACUUCUUUACGAGACAAUGGCCAUCAUUAACAGCAGACCCUUAAGUGUAGAGUAUCUUAAUGAUCCCUUGGGUCCAGAGCCAUUAACUCCCAAUCACAUAUUAACGAUGAAGUCUUCAGUUAUUCUUCCCCCUCCAGGACAGUUUUGCAGAGAGGAUUUGUACUUGAACAAAAGAUGGAGAAGAGUACAAUUUCUAGCAAACGAGUUUUGGCAAAGAUGGAAACGAGAAUAUCUGCUAAAUCUCCAACAGCGACAGAAAUGGCAGAAGGUUUCACGGAACCUGCACAUUAAUGACAUUGUGAUCCUACAAGAUGACAAUGCUCCAAGAUGUAAAUGGAAACUAGCUUUAGUUGUAGAGGCUCUAGAAAGCCCAGAUGGCAAGGUUCGAAAGGUGAAACUAAAGACAAGUGAAACGACAUUUGACAAAGGAAAACCACUGACAAGGUUGAUAUAUUUAGAAAGACCUAUUCACAAGGUAGUGACAUUACUUGAGUCUAAUACAGAGUAAAACGGACUCUACUGUUGACACUCAUUGGAAAAUCACAUUGAGAACCAAUUAGUGAUUUUGGUGGGAGUGUAAGUGUCAAUAAAAUAGUUUAUUUCUUGAAAAAAUGUAUGUUUAUUUCUAAAAGAUAGAAUAAUGUAUUUUAAGUUGUUUGGUUCACGUUUUAAGAUUUGUGUUAAAUGAUUGUAUUUUAUUUCGUGUCAAAUUAUUUUUGUCAAAAGUUAUCGCGAGAUUUGUGUACAUGUGUGAGGCUGCGAGACUUAAAUAACCAUAGAAGAAGCAGAAGCCUGGAACAGAGCUACGUGUAGCAGCCUAGUGUCCUGUAGUCAUCAAGGUAUUUUGUAGUUAUGUUUGUAAUGUUUUGUGAAUUUAUUGUUUAUGGUGUUUUAAUUACUUAAUAUUUUGGUUUAGAGUGAACAACGACGAAUCAUUCUGUUAAAGACCUCCGAAGUGGCAGGCGGCCACGAGGUAACUUUUUGUUAAAGCACGCGUCACCUGUCUGUUUGUAAAUGUAUCUAUGUCUAAAGCUUUGUCUUUUAUUUCUGUAGUUUUCACGGCA